AUAAAUGGCCAGGAACUUUUAUUCAUUAUAAUGAAUUUAAAAAUGGUCUUGAAUUAUCAUUCAAAUAUAAUGAUGACUAUCAACGACAGAUGGCCUUAAUAAUUGCGUUUGCUAUCAUUAUGACCGUAAUACGAAAAUCAUUAUGGAUGAAUUUUAUUCGGAAUAAUCUCAUUAAAAAUGGCUAUGUUUCAGCCAGAAAUGAACGAAAAUUUAUUGAAUCUGGUUGGUCAUUUUCAUUCUAUACAUUUACAACCAUUAUUGCUGCUUUGAUUAUAAAUUCAAAUGGUUUCAUUGAAGAUCCAAGUCGUAUAUUCACAAACUAUAGUGUUGAACGACCAAUACCGGUAUUGAUUAAAUAUUUAUAUUGGCUUGAAAUUGGAUUCUAUUUACAUUCAAUUUAUGCUGUUUAUUUUAUCAAUUCAUGGAAAUAUGAUUCAAUCGUCAUGAUUAUUCAUCAUGUUGUUACAUUAUUCUUAUUAUCAUUCUCUUAUUGGGUCCGAUUACACAAUGUCGGUGUUACGGUCAUUUAUUUUCAUGAUAUCUGUGAUGUCAUUCUUGAAGGAAGCAAAUGUCUUGUAUGUCUACAAUUAUCAUUGAUAAAAUAUCUGGAAUCGAAAAUACGUAUCAUGAAUUUUGCUCUAUUUAUUAUCGCUUGGUUCUAUUAUCGUCUUUAUCUAUUUCCAAUGAUUUCAUUGAUGGAAUCAAUUACAUUUCUCAAUGAAAUUGUUUCACGGGAAUUAUUCACAUUUGGAUAUGGUCUAUUUUCAUUUCUAUUAAUCAUCUAUUGUAUGGAUGUAUUCUGGGCUGUGCUCAUUGUUAAUUUAAUUAUUAAUGGUUUAUGGCGCAAAAAUUGUAAAAUAGAUGAUCCACGCGAAUCAUGA